AUGCAAGUGCAAAUACGGUUGGGUACUGCGAAAACCUUAAUAAAGUGUGGCAAUGCUGACUUCUAUGUUAAGCCAUACAUUUUAGUAUUUGGUUUUUGUGACGCGCGAAUCCUCGAAACAAAAAUGGAACUCGAGAACAUUGUUGCUAACACCGUAUACAUAAAGGCGAAAGAAAGUGGAACAAGCAAAGAUAAGGGUCGAAGUAAGAAGUGGAAAGACAUUCUAGCAUUUCCUCACGUUAGCAUUGCACGAAGAACUCUUCAGAUGCUAGAUAUCUCCUACAACUACAUAGUUCUGCAACAACCAAUUGGGAAAAAGUUGUUUUGGUGUUACUGUUAUUCAAAGCCAACACUGAAAAAUCUCAUUGAAUUUCUAGAUCUUACUGACCUUUAUGAGGUUAAUCUUGAAGAGUCGGGUCGUGAAAUUGCUGCUGAAAUAGUUGAAAAAUACCUACAUCUCGAGGCUCACUCUAAAAUAACACACUUUCCUGAUGAGUGUGCAAGUGGUGUUAUAGAUCGUAUCAAUAAUCUUUCAUCAUCAGAGAGUCCACCCCGGGGUUUAUUUGCCGGUUUAAUCAAGUUCACAGUUUUUCUUGCAUUUACAAAAACCAUGUACUUUGACCGUUAUCUGCAAUGGAAAUGGCUCGAGAUGCAACCUGUCACGAAGGGCACAUUUCGUAUGUACCGAGUGUUAGGCAAAGGCGGUUUUGGAGAGGUGUGCGCCUGUCAAGUCAGAGCGACAGGGAAGCUCUAUGCCUGUAAGAAGUUGGAGAAAAAACGGAUUAAGAAACGACAUGGAGAGCAGUUAGCCUAUGCCGAGAAGAAGAUUCUUCAGAAAGUGCAUUCGCGUUUUGUUGUGAGUCUGGCCUACACCUUUGAGACGAAGGAUGCGCUAUGCCUUGUGUUGACUAUCAUGAAUGGGGGCGACCUCAAGUUCCACAUUCAUAAUAUGGGCAUCACCGCGGGUUUCCCCGAGAGUCGAGCACGUUUCUACGCCGCAGAAAUCACACUGGGUCUAGAACACCUCCACUCCCUGCGCAUCGUCUACCGUGAUCUCAAACCUGAAAACAUUCUCAUUGACGAUCAAGGUGAGUCGCCAUUGUGGAUGUACUUUAGUCUUUCCUGGAGUCACCUUCGGAUAUCGGAUCUCGGUCUGGCGGUAGAAAUCACCCCUCAUAGCGCUCUCAAGGGUCGAGUGGGCACUGCGGGCUACAUGGCUCCAGAGGUGAUUCGCGGUGAGCGCUACACUUUCAGUCCCGAUUGGUUUGGUCUCGGUUGCAUUGUCUACGAGAUGAUAAUGGGACAGCCGCCUUUCCGCAAACGACGGGAACGCCUCAAACGCGAGGAAAUCGAUAGGCGGGUCUGUGAGGACACCGAGACCUACAACCAACGCUUUAGUGACGUCGUCCGAGAUUUUACCUCCUCUACGUUUGUCAGUCCUAUCAGUAGUCGAAAUGCUUUUUAUCCAAGUUGCAUACAGCUGGUAGUUAUUCGUUGUUCAUUAUUCAGUCGGUUGCUGCAGAAGGACAAGUCUCUCCGGCUGGGCUGUGAUGAUCGAGGCGCAAGUGGCGUGAAAGCACAUCUCUGGUUCCAGGGCACGAACUGGAAACGCCUCGAGGCUGGCCUCAUCGAACCUCCCUUCACUCCAGAUCCCCAUGCUGUUUAUGCCAAGGACGUUCUCGAUAUUGAGCAAUUUUCUACGGUCAAAGGUGUGAAGCUUGAGGCAGAGGACGUUAACUUCUAUCGGAAGUUCUGCUCCGGUGCCGUCUCCAUACCCUGGCAACAGGAGAUGAUAGAGACAGAGUGCUUCGAUGAUCUUAACAUCUUCUACAACCUUGACGGAAGUCUGGUGGCCAAUCUAAACGAACAAAUGCCUCCACCGGAUGAAAACUCGACCCGUUCCUCGUGCUGCUUCCACUUCUGCACCAGCAACAGCGGUGGUAGGAGUGGGGAGCGCAAGUUGCCAACGCAUAGUCGGCCGAGUCGUCGUAGCACCGUAAACCGCAGUAAUCCUACCGAGGACUCCCUCACUGACUCCACACCCCUCCCCUCCACUACCGCAGUGGUGGUCGCGGACCCCCUUGAGGGCGUCGGACCGCCACUUGACGAGGCCAGCCUCUCCCACGACGACUCCGGCGACGCUCUUCUCAGUCUUGCUGUUCAGCGAACCAAAGCCCUUACCUCUCAUCUUGAGGCACCCGAUUCGCCUCUCGGGCAAAGUGUGACCCCUUCCUCCUGA